AUGCUGACUAACUAUUAUCAAAUAUUUUUUUUUACAAGUCUGCUAAGUGUUUUAUCAGCAAUAACAAUUUAUUUGCCUGAUGAAGUAACAUCAUUUACUCGUUGUCCUGAACGUGGUACAACAGAAUUACCAACAAUAUCUUAUUAUCCGGACGAGAAAUUUUGUAAUGUAUAUCAUAAAUGCAAUUGUUCUUUUACGGAUUGUCGUGUAGUCGAAUCUCAUGUUUGUCCAAUUGCAAAAGUUUAUUCAAAAACUAAAGCAACCUGUUUAGAUAUUGAAGAAGAAGGUUGUGAAUCAACAUAUGUACAAUGGGUACAAACACAUAGUAGUAAUACUGAUGAAAAUGAUGGUAAAGUUGCUAUUAUGGUAUCCGAUUCUCUUCUUCCAUCAACAACAAGUAAAGAUUUUGAAUGUGAACAAGGUCAACCAGGCAAAUUUAGUGAUCCAAAUAUUUGCAAUAUAUUUCAUGUAUGUAUAACUCGAAAUGAAAAAACCGUUGAUCAACCAUUUAUGUGUCCAUAUCCAACUGUAUUUAAAACUGGUCCAUCAGGAAAAAUGUUUUGUGCACGACCUGAACCAAAUGAUUGUCAAGGUAAAGCUUUCUAUCGUACAAUGGAAGGAUCAACAAAUAUGGUAAAAAAUAUUCAAAAUGAUAAUGAUGAUGCAACUAGUUAUCGUUUACCUGAAAAUACUCUUAUAAUUGAAAAAUGUUUAAAAUCAGGUUUAUAUCCUGAUAGUCUUUAUUGUAAUGCUUAUCAUAAAUGUACAAACAAAGGUGAAGAUGAACAAUAUUUAUGUGAAAAUCAAUUAUUAUUUAAUCCUGAAUCGAAUAUUUGUGAUUAUCCAAUAAAUGUCGUUUGUGGAGGUAAAGGUUUACUUCGUCGUCCAACAGGUUUUUCAAAUGGUACACUUGUUAAUUCCUCAUAUAUAAUGGUAUAUGGUACUGAAUUACGUCCUGAUUGUCCAUCACAUAUAUCAAAUGUUCUUGUUGCUGAUGUUAAUUAUUGUAAUGUUUUUUAUCAUUGUCAAUCAGGUCGUGGUUCUGUUUAUAUGUGUCGUGAUGGAACAGUAUUUGAUUCAUUAAAUCAAGAAGGUGUUAGUUCAUGUCGUUCAGAAGAUUUAAUUGAUUGUGGUAGUCGUUUAAUUUUAACUUCACAAGGUAAACGUUUAUCAAUAUAUAAAAAAACUGAUAGACCUGUAUCAAAUGUGAAUUUAUUUGGUAUGGAUAAUAAUUAUUUAAAAGAACGAAAAAUAUCAUUUAAUCAUAUUAAUCAUAAUAAUCAUAAUAAUAAUUAUAAUAAUAAUAAUAAUAAUAAUUAUAAUAAUAAUAAUUAUAAUAAUAAUAAUAAUAAUAAUAAUAAUAAUAAUAAUCUUAAUCCACAAUAUUCAAAUUUUAUAUUAUUACCACCACCAAUGCAUAAUCAAAAAGUUGUCGUUGAUGUACCAUAUGAUUGUAAAGGACGUAUUGAUGGUCAUUGGCGUGAUACACGUUAUUGUGAUGUAUUUCAUGCUUGUAUUGCUGGUGAACAAAAACGUUCAUAUGGUUGUAAUCAAAUAGGUGAAAGAUUUUAUUUUGAUGAUGCAUCACAAAAAUGUGAAUUUGUUAGUAGAAAUUUAAAUGGUUGUCAAUCAAAUCAAUAUUAUACAGCAAUUGAACCAAUACCAUCUAUACCAGGAUCACAAUUAAGUACAGAAGCACCAACAGAACCAUGGAAAAUAUUUAUUCACUCACGUGAACAAUUUACUUGUUCAGGAAAACAAGAUGGUUUCUAUGCUAGUCGUUGGUGUAAUGUAUUUUAUCGAUGUUAUACAGGUAUAUCUAGUGCUUUUCUAUGUCCAAAAAUGCCAAGUGGUGCUCGAUUAUGGUGGGUACAACAUGGUUCACCGCAAGGCGUCCCACAAGAAACAGCUGCUUGCACAUGGCCAUGUGAAACAGGUCGACGAUGUUCAAGUUCAGGUGGAAUUAUUGUUGAUUCAGGUUCAACAGUUGGUGAAAGUCAACAAGAAGCUGAAACUGUUUUUUCACAAUCACUUUGUACAACAUCAUCUUCAUCCUCCUCCUCCUCAUCAUCAUUGGGUGGUUUUGUUCCAGGUAUAAGCUCAGUUGGAUCGAAUAGUGGUGCUUUUAUGCCACAACCACCACAAAUGACUGGUGGAACAUCAAGUUCAGGCGUUAGUGUUAGUAGUAAUAUGCUUCCUGGUGUUGGAACAACGGGAGGUGGAGUUGGUAGUAUGCCAAGUGGAUCAUCAUCAACUUUGGGUGCAACAUUUGCUGUUGAUUCGGAUGUAAGUUGUAUUGGACAAGCUGAUGGUGUUUUUCUUGCAAGUCGUUAUUGCAAUAUAUUUCAUCGUUGUGUUAGUGGUACUCGACGAGAUUUUCGUUGUCCUCGUGCCACAAAUACACCAUAUGAUCUUUGGUGGAAUCAACAAACUCAACAAUGUGAUUGGCCAUGUCGAAUUCAAUGUGCUACUUCUGUUCAUGGUACAUCAACAUCAGCACAACAAGUUCGAACAGAAAAUGCUCUAUUAUUUAGUAAUGAAUGUGCUGGUUAUCAAAUUAAUUUUCAUUCACAAGCUAAUACUGGUAUUCUCAAUAGUCAAGCAAUGGUUUAUUCAUCAAUUCCUCAUGAAUCUGAACCAAUACGUAGUUCAAUGUCAAAAUUAAUUGAAAAUCCUGAUCCAAAUUUUAUAUGUACACAACCUGGUAAAUUUCCAACACGACGUUAUUGUAAUGUUUAUUAUGAAUGUUCUGAUACGGGUUUACCACCUAUACAAACAUAUGAAUGUGUUGAUAGUUUCUUUGAUCGUAGUCAAGGUUUAUGUAUGCCAAAGGAUCAAGUACCAUGUUUAGGUGGUAUAUAUCCAUAUGAUUCAGUUCCUAUUGAUCGUAAUCCUGAUUCAUUACAAUGUUCAAUUAAUUCUGGUUUUCAAUUACAUACAUCAAGACAAUUUUGUAAUAUUUAUUAUUUAUGUGAUGGUACACAAACAACACCAACAACAUUUCGUUGUUUUGAUCGUCAAACUCAACAAGAAGGUAUUUAUGAUCCAUUUGCUGAACGUUGUGAUUCAAGACGAAAUUCAAAUUGUCAAAAUGCUAUAUUAAAUUUAAGUCAUACACAAUUAUAUCGUUCUGUAUCUAUUGAUCAUACACGUUUACCUGAUUUAUCAAUUUUACCAUGUAAAUAUGAUCAACAAUAUGUUAUUGAACAUGAACAAUUUUGUGUUUAUGCUUGUCCAGCUCAUAAAACAAUUCUUUUGCGUGAUCGACAACCAGUAGGUAAUGUUGUACAACAAGAAGUUAUUGAAGCAACAUGUUCAUCAGCUCAAGUACCAACUGUACCUAUUAUUGUUAAUGGUAUUACACCAGAACCUGGUGGUUUUAUAUCUCCAACAUUUUAUCCUUCACCAUCAUUUGAUAUAAAUAGCAUGCCACAACAACCUCAAACAUCAGCUCCUUCAUCUGUACUUGGUUAUCAACCAUGUGUAGUAUCAAAUGAAUGGUAUGUAAGUCAACCAACAAUUCGAUGUAGUGCAUCAUUUGGUGCAACGGGUUAUGCACCUGAUCCAAAAGAUUGUUCGAAAUAUUAUCUAUGUGAUUCUUAUGUCGGUCCAGAUGGCAUGUCAUCAGGUAUUUCAAUGCAAUGUUUGGCUGGUCUAUGGUGGGAUCAACAACGACGUACAUGUGUACUUCCAUCUGAAGUUGCAUGUAAUCCAUAUAAUAUCAUUAAUUCACAAGGACAAAACACAAUGAUUGAUAAUAAUCUAAAUGUUAUGUAUCAACCAAUGUAUCCACCGAUGCCUUUACCAUCAGGAGAUACAACACCACUUGUUGCCUUUCCACAACCACAAACACCUGUUCAAGUUAUACAAGGACAAGGUGACGCUCCAUGUCGUGGUGGACCACUAUGCGUUGAUGUUGGACUUAAUAUUCUUCAACAAAUGAAAGGCAUUCCUGGUCGUCCAGGCUGGUUUUAUAAAUGUGACAGUCAAUGUGCACUUGAAAUGCGUUGUCCACCAGGUUUAAUAUUUGAUGAUUCAUAUCAACGAUGUGAAUGGCCUGGUGCUAGUCCUCAACUAUUACAUCAACGUUUAGGUAGUUUAAGAGAUAAGAACUCUGAUGAUAAUAAAAAUACAACUAAAACAAAUGUUAAAAAAUUACGCUUAAUGACAACAAUAAAACAUGUCAAUAAAACAUCAUCAUCAUCAUCAUCGUCAUCAUCAUCAACAUCGGCAACAGUAUCACCAAUAAAUCAAGCAACAAAACAGGUUGCACCAUAA